CACACAGUCACACAUGUAUAUAUGCUAUAUAAAGUUUAGAGUGUCUUUAUUCUUAAAAAAAACUCUGCGUCUUCUUUCUAAUCAGCUAAAAAUCUCUUUCUAAGCUUUUCUUUCUCGCUCGGAAUGCAGAUUCUGUAGUUUCUCUCUCUAAACAUUGUAAAACAAGAAGGAGAUCUCCAGCGUCUUCUAAACAACUGGUCGAACGAUCACGAGUUGCUAGGGGCGCCAUGCUUGGUUUAGCAUUACAUUCUUUGGAACUGCACUUGAUUCGUUACAACACUUGGACACUCAAUUGUUUUCACUGAACCCAUACUAAAGUAGUUAUUGGAGGACUGGUUGUGGACUGAGCGUAUGCCUGGGAACAAGUACAACGCCCACUCAGGCUACAGUGCCAUCCCCACAAGUCGAACAGAAAGGCUCUUGAGAGAGAGAGAGCUGAGAAAGAGUAACAGGGUCUCUCAUUCAAAUGACACUCUUGAUAAUAACAGAGGAACUGAGCUCUCUGAGCAUGAAUUGCGCUUAAGAGAAGGUGAUAACUUAGGGGUUUCCAGUGUAGAACAAUAUCUGGAAGGGGUCUUGGCAGCGAGGGCACUUAAUGAGGGAUGGGAAAGGCCAGAUUCCAGACCUGUCAGACAACGACUGUUGGUGGUGGCAAAUAGGUUGCCGGUCUCUGCUGUUAGGAGAGGUGAGGAGACCUGGUCCCUGGAAAUAAGUGCUGGGGGUCUAGUCACUGCUCUUCUGGGUGUGAAGGAGUUUGAGGCAAGAUGGAUUGGAUGGGCAGGUGUAAAUGUGCCUGAUGAUGCUGGACAGAAUGCGCUUACUAAAGCUUUGGCUGAAAAGAGGUGUAUUCCUGUCUUCCUUGAUGAAGAUAUUGUUCACCAAUACUACAAUGGCUAUUGCAACAACAUAUUAUGGCCUCUUUUCCAUUAUCUUGGGCUUCCUCAAGAAGAUCGGCUAGCCACUACCAGAAGUUUUCAAUCUCAGUUUGCUGCAUAUAAGAAAGCAAAUCAAAUGUUUGCUGAUGUCGUUAACAAGCACUAUAAAGAGGGUGAUGUUGUUUGGUGCCAUGACUACCAUCUCAUGUUCCUACCGAAAUAUCUAAAGGAAUACAACAGUGAAAUGAAAGUUGGUUGGUUUCUCCAUACACCCUUUCCUUCCUCUGAAAUUCAUAGGACAUUGCCAUCUCGAUCAGAGCUGUUGCGUGCAGUUCUUGCCGCAGAUUUAGUUGGUUUCCAUACUUACGAUUAUGCAAGGCAUUUUGUUAGUGCUUGUACUCGUAUUCUCGGACUUGAAGGUACACCGGAAGGAGUAGAGGAUCAAGGAAGGUUGACUCGUGUGGCUGCAUUUCCUAUUGGGAUUGAUUCGGAACGGUUCAUUCGUGCACUUGAGCUUCCUCAAGUCCAGGAACACAUCAAAGAAUUGAAAGAAAGAUUUGCUGGGCGUAAGGUAAUGUUGGGCGUUGAUCGCCUUGAUAUGAUUAAAGGAAUUCCCCAAAAAAUAUUGGCAUUUGAAAAGUUUCUUGAGGAAAACCAAGUUUGGCGAGAUAAAGUGGUUUUGUUGCAAAUCGCUGUGCCAACUAGAACAGAUGUUCCUGAAUAUCAAAAACUUACAAGCCAAGUUCAUGAAAUUGUUGGACGCAUUAAUGGCAGAUUUGGAACUCUGACUGCUGUUCCAAUACAUCAUCUGGACCGUUCUCUUGACUUUCAUGCAUUAUGUGCACUAUAUGCUGUCACAGAUGUAGCACUUGUCACAUCUUUGCGCGAUGGAAUGAAUCUUGUUAGCUAUGAAUUUGUCGCAUGCCAAGAUUUAAAGAAAGGAGUUCUCAUUCUUAGUGAAUUUGCGGGUGCUGCACAGUCUCUGGGUGCUGGUGCAAUCCUUGUGAACCCCUGGAACAUUACCGAAGUUGCUUCUUCAAUAGCCCAAGCUUUAAAUAUGUCAGCUGAAGAAAGAGAGAAGCGACAUUGGCAUAACUAUAUGCAUGUGACAACCCAUACUGCUCAAGAGUGGGCUGAAACUUUUGUAAGUGAACUGAAUGAUACUGUUGUCGAAGCUCAGCUAAGGAUUAGACAAGUUCCACCUUCGCUUCCAGUCAACGAUGCAAUCAAUCAUUACUUGCAGUCCAAUAAUCGGUUACUCAUACUGGGAUUCAAUGCAACAUUAACUGAACCGGUGGAUACUCCUGGUAGAAGAGGAGAUCAAAUUAGAGAAAUGGAGCUUAAGUUGCAUCCUGAGCUAAAAGAACCCUUGAUAGCACUUUGUCGUGAUCCAAGUACAACUAUUGUUGUCCUGAGUGGAAGUGACAGAAGUGUCUUAGAUGAUAACUUUGGUGGGUACAACAUGUGGCUGGCAGCAGAAAACGGGAUGUUUUUGCGCUUUACAGAGGGAGAAUGGAUGACAACAAUGCCUGAGCAUUUAAACAUGGAAUGGGUUGACAGUGUGAAGUCAACUUUAAAGCAUGUUUUUGAGUAUUUCACGGAAAGGACUCCUCGAUCACAUUUUGAACUCCGUGAAACAUCACUUGUAUGGAAUUACAAGUAUGCAGAUGUUGAAUUUGGAAGACUGCAAGCCAGGGAUAUGCUACAGCAUCUCUGGACAGGACCAAUUUCAAAUGCAUCCGUUGAUGUUGUCCAAGGUAGCCGAUCUGUUGAAGUGCGAGCAGUUGGUGUUACAAAGGGAGCGGCAAUUGAUCGUAUAUUGGGAGAGAUAGUUCACAGUAAAUCCAUUCCAACACCAAUUGAUUAUGUCCUAUGCAUUGGGCAUUUUUUGGGGAAGGAUGAGGAUGUGUACACAUUUUUCGAGCCAGAGCUUCCCUCUGAAAACAUGGGUAUUCCUAGAAGCAAGGUAUCUGAUACAUCAAAGCUACCCGGAGAGAGAAGACCACCUUUGAGGCUUCCAGCCAACAGAAGCAAUUCAAAAUCAUCUCACAAUAAGAAUCAAAAACCUUUGCCAAACCCAGAUAAGAGAACCAACAACCAUAUCUGUGGGAGUAGGAAGUCUUCUCCAGAAAAGAUUUCAUGGAAUGUGCUCGAUCUCAAGGGGGAGAAUUACUUCUCUUGUGCUGUUGGGCGGACCCGUACCAAUGCUCGGUAUCUCCUUGGAUCAUCAGAUGAUGUUGUUGCAUUCCUGAGGGAACUGGCUGCGGCAUCUACCUGAACUUGUUCAUCGUCAAUUAGAGAUAUAUCAUGCCCUUGCAACUUCGGAAUUAAAGCAUGGCAGUCAUCCAGGAAGCUUUCUUGUUGCAAGCUCAAUAAAGGCAUUUAGUAGUUUUUACAAACUAAGCCAUCUAAAACCUCAGUAUUGAUUAAGAAUUUCAAACAUAUAGGAAAAUGGUUUUUCGGUGCUC